AUGAGCGAUUCCAAGCCGCCCAAGAAGCGCCAGGGCGAGAAGCGCGAAGAGCCAACGCCCAAGAACAAGGACGCGCACGCCAUGCGCAACGAGCGCGUACCGGAGGACACGGGUGAGCCUCCGUCUGCGGCGAUUCCAAAUCCCGAGCCGGCGCCGGAGGACGUGCCGAGCGGCACAGAGGCGCCGCCGGGGCCGACCAAGCCGCGCGCCAUUCGCGCACGCAUGCGCGCAGUGCCCCUCCCGGCGCUCGCAAGGAGCAGCAGGGGCGCGGCGCCGACCGACGCGCCGCCCGCGCUCGCGUCGAAACGCGUGCCGAGCCUUGUGCUCCCUAAUUUUGACGACACAUUCUCGCGCCCGCCUCGUGUGUGGCCGCCGCGUGCGGGCCUCUGGGAGCGCACCGUCGGCGCGGUGAAUGCCUACCUUUUUCCGCGGUCGGCGCGGCAUGGCCACCGGCCCAAGGUCACGACGUCGCUCCCGGUGCAGUCGCAGCGCGGCUCGACAGCGCCGCACCUGCACGCCGAGCACGAGCAGGCGAUGCCGCGUGCGUACAAGGUCCUGGGCGACGCACGCACCGGGCACGUACGUGGAUACGAGCGCGUCUCCAAGGUUGUCGUCAUCGGCGUGCACGGCUGGUUUGCGCAGAGCAUUUUCAAGAAUGUGAUGGGCACGCCGACCGGCACGUCGGCGCGUUUUGCGACAAUGAUGGCCGAGUCGGUGCGCCGGCACUUUCAAGAGGCCGGGAAUCCGCUGCCCGACGAGGCGAUCACCGUCAUUGCGCCUCAGUACGACGGGCGCGUUGAGGAGCGCGCCGACUUUUUCUUUGACACUAUUGCGCAGAAUGCGCAGUGGGUCGACGCACUGCGCGAGGCCGACGCGGUGAUGGUCGCCGCACACAGCCAAGGCGCGGUCGUCUCGACGCUGCUCCUUGCGCGCCUCGUCGACGAGGGGUUCGUAUCGCCCAAGCGCUCGCGCACGUGUGUGCUGAGCAUGUGCGGCAUCUACCAGGGCCCCUUUGUGCACCUCAAGAGCAGCCUUGCUUCGUCCUACAUAAACUACUUUGAGACGGGUGCCGCGCGCGAGCUGUUCGAGUUCCAGUCUUCCGACACGGCCAUUUCGGCGCGGCAUCGCGAGGCGUACGGCCGCCUACUCACCGCCGGCAUCAAGUUUGUGCAUAUUGGCUCGAUCGACGACAAUGUGGUGCCGCUGUACUCUGCGCUCAACUCGUCCGCGGCGCACCCGUCGAUUUUGCGCGCGGUGUACAUCGACGGCGUCGCCUUCCCCGAAACCGACUUUUUGAUCAGUCUGAUUAUCCUGUGUGUGGCCGUGCGCAACUGCGGUUUCCACGACCACAAUUUGCUUACGCUGCUCAGUGCUUCGGUCGCGGGCUCGCUGUACGGCGGCCUGGGCCAUUCGCUCGUGUACGACGAAGAAAAUGUCUAUGACCUUGCGACGCGAUACCUAUUUGAAACCAACUCCCCCCGCAGUUCCGGUGCGACGCACAUACCCCUUGUCACGACGUCGUUUGCCGCGCAGCGUUGGAACCCCUACGAGCUUCCGUGGGGCCUGCGUGGCUUGCUGGAAGACACCACGAUCCAGCACUUUUUCGGCGACGAUAUUGUGGAGGUGAUCCAGGACUACCACGACUGGCACCCCGCGAGCAAGCCACUGCGCGACUUGCAGUGGCGCCUGUCCCCCAUCCGUUCGAUUCCCCUCCCUCCCGAUCCUGAUGCGGAGAGUAUGUUGCCGAGUGCCGAAGAUAGCAGUACAGGGACCGCGGCGGUAUCUAUGGAGCGCCCCCGCAUGGCGCUUUCCAAGCUAUAG